AUGAGAGCUGUCUUCAUCCAAGGUGCUGAAGAGCAUCCUGCAGCAUUCUGCUACCAGGUGAAUGGGUCUUGCCCCAGGACAGUACAUACUCUGGGCAUCCAGUUGGUCGUCUACCUGGCCUGUGCAGCAGGCUUGCUGAUUAUCGUGCUAGGGAAUUUAUUUGUGGCAUUUGCUGUGUCCUACUUCAAAGCGCUUCACACGCCCACCAACUUCUUGCUGCUCUCCCUGGCCCUGGCUGACAUAUUUCUGGGUCUGCUGGUGCUGCUGCCCCUCAGCACCAUUCGCUCAGUGGAGAGCUGCUGGUUCUUUGGGGACUUCCUCUGCCACCUGCACACCUACCUGGACACCCUCUUCUGCCUCACCUCCAUCUUCCAUCUCUGUUUCAUUUCCAUUGACCGCCACUGUGCCAUCUGUGACCCCCUGCUCUAUCCCUCCAAGUUCACAGUGAGGGUGGCCCUCAGGUACAUCCUGGCAGGAUGGGGGGUGCCCGCAGCAUACACUUCCUUCUUCCUCUACACAGAUGUGGUAGAGACAAGGCUCAGCCAGUGGCUGGAAGAGAUGCCUUCUGUGGGCAGUUGCCAGCUGCUGCUCAAUAAAUUUUGCUGGUUAAACUUCCCUUUGUUCUUUGUCCCCUGCCUCAUUAUGAUCAGCUUGUAUGUAAAGAUCUUUGUGGUUGCUUCCAGGCAGGCUCAGCAGAUUACCACAUUGAGCAAAAGCCUGGCUGGGGCUGCCAAGCGUGGGAGAAAAGCUGCCAAGACCUUGGGCAUUGCUGUGGGCAUAUACCUCUUGUGCUGGCUGCCCUUCACCAUAGACAUGAUGGUCGACAGCCUCCUUCACUUUAUCACACCCCCACUGGUCUUUGACAUCUUUAUCUGGUUUGCUUACUUCAACUCAGCCUGCAACCCCAUCAUCUAUGUCUUUUCCCACCGGUGGUUUCGGAAGGCACUGAAACUCAUGCUAAGCCAGAAGGUCUUCUCACCGCAGACACGCACUGUUGAUUUGUACCAAGAAUGA